AUGUCCGCUCCAUGGGCUAAUGGCAUCACACAUGUGGGUCAAAGCUUUGAGGGCGGGGCUGCUGAAUUCUAUAAUGUUCUUCGUAAGUAUGCAGUUGAAUAUAGAUUUCGGUUCAAGUAUCUGAAGAAUGGCUCCGUUCGGAUUACAGCCGUUUGCACGAUGAGGGAAUCAAAAGGAUGUAUGUGGUCUAUACAUGCAAGAGUCCUUCAUGCUGAUGAGUUUUUUUACAUUCGUAAGUGGAACGCAGAGCACAUUUGCGGUGUUGCCGUUCGGACACCAAAAAACCCGAGGGCGGGGUCUGAUUUAGUGUCCGAUGUUAUCUCUAAACGAGUACGUGACAAACCGCUCACACGGCCAUCCAAUGUUGUUUAUGACUUGAAAAAAGAUUAUGGAUUAGAGAUAAGCUACCGAGUAGCAUGGUUGGGAGUUGAGAAAGCAAGGGGCGAGAUGUUCGGUGCACAUUCUAUUUCGUUCGAUCAAUUACGAUGGUAUAGUAAUGCUGUUAUGGAAAACAAUCCGAGCAGUUACAUUAACAUUGAUUACGAUGACCAAAAUCACCGGUUUGUACGAUAUUUUAUAUCAUUCAAAGCAUGCAUCGAUGGGUUCAAUCAUUGUCGCCCUUUACAAUUCCUCGACGGUACCUUCUUGAAGGGGAAAUUCAAAGGCAACUUGCUAGCUGCUACUGCAAAGGAUGGCAAUCAAGGUUAUGUUCAUUCGUAG